UAUCCCCAAGCCCAAAACCUGCCAAAACCCAGAAAUAAUACCCAUCCUUUCCUCCUCUCUCUAUCGGUGUUUGGGCUGGAUAGAGCGUCGACAGGGAGUUCUAGGGUUCGUUGGCUCGUCUCUGUGGAUUUCGGGAGAGGUAAGUCUUCGAACAUCUCUGUGUAUUUUGAGGGAUUUGAGCCUGCAAAUGCACUGAAGCGAUUGUCUAUUUUGUGCGGAUUGGGGGGUGUAUUUUGGUGGGUCGAUUGUCACAGCAAUUUGUAGAAAUUAGGUCUUCUGAUUUGGGGGUUUCAUGAAAUUGGAAUGCAUGUGCAAAUUUCGUGUUUUCGCUGUGUUUGGACUGUUGUUGCAAGUUAAUUGCUGGGUUUGUAUGGAGAAUUGAAUGUUGCUUGAGAUCAAAUUUUCUGAGUUUUGGGGCUCUCGAUUCUGAAAGCUGGGUUCUUGUGCUGAAAUAAUUUAUUUCGUUCUUUUCUUACCUCUUUCUCUGGAUGCUGCAACUUCAUUCUUGUUUCUGAUUAAGAAAAUUCUCCGAGAACUCACAGAAACCGAUUGCAAACCAAAGAUUGUGAAUUGUUUUUGGUACCAUCCCAGUUAAGGCUUUACUGAUUUUAUUCUGAGAAGAGUUGUUUCAUCUAAACACUUGAAUUGGGUUAAUCAGUUUUUAGUUUCUGGAAUGAGAGUCCCAAUAGUGGGUUUCACAUUUCGUGAGCCGACUAAACGGACGUUUAUUUUGAGAACACCAAAGCUUGCAGCUCUCUUGAGAAAUACCCUACACUCUUUACCCAGACCCAUGUUAUCUCCCAUGUUCUCUGUAACUUUGUCUUUUGGGUCUUAUAGGUAUUACAGCAAUGAUAAAGUUAAUGAUAAUGGGUCAGAAUCUGGAAAUGAAUGGGAGAGAUUGCUUAAGCCCUUUGAUCUUAAGGAGCUCAAACGGUCAUUCAAUCGAAUCACCCCGUUUGAGCUUUGUAAGCUCCUUGAAUUGCCACUGGACGUGCCUACCUCAAUGGAGAUAUUUGAAUGGGCAGGCACUCAGAAGAGUUAUAAUCACACGUUCGAUGUGUAUCGGGUGUUGAUUGAUAAGCUUGGUGCUAACGGUGAGUUUAAGGUUAUAGAUAGCUUGUUAUUGCAAAUGAAAGAAGAAGCGCUGGUUUUCAGAGAAUCCCUUUUUGUGUCUAUUAUGAAAUGUUAUGGGAGAGCAGGAUUGCCAGGACAAGCUACUAGGUUGUUAUUGGAUAUGAGGAGUGUCUAUAAUUGUGAACCCACUUCCAAAUCUUAUAAUGCUGUUUUGGAUGUAUUGGUGGCCGGAAAUUGUCCUAAGGUUGCACAAAACGUGUUUUAUGAUAUGUUGAGUAAGGGUGUGUCUCCCACGGUUUUCACCUUUGAAGUGACAAUAAAAGCACUUUGUAUGAUUAAUGAGGUGGAUACAGCAUGCUCACUCCUUAGAGACAUGACUAAACAUGGUUGUGUGCCAAAUUCAAUGGUUUACCGAACUCUUAUUAGUGUGCUAUCAAAAAUGGAUAGAGUGAAUGAAGCAGUAAAGCUUUUGGAGGAAAUGUUUUUGAUGGGCUGUAGCCCAGAUGUUUAUAUCUUUAAUGAUGUUGUUCAUGGGCUUUGUCGGCUAAAGCGGAUUCAUGAAGCAGCAAAAUUAGUUGAUCGGAUGCUUAUUAGGGGUUUGAUCCCUAAUGAUAUGACUUAUGGAGUUCUAAUGCAUGGGUUGUGUCAGACAGGGCAGGUUGAUGAAGCAAGGGCCUUGUUGAAUAAAGUGCCUGGAUCAAACAUUGUGCACUUCAAUACCUUGAUCAAAGGGUAUGUGAGGAGUGGACGUCUUGAUGAUGCCAUGGCUUUUUUGAAUGAUAGCAUGUUAAAUGGUGUCCAUGACCCUGACAUUUUUACGUUUAAUACACUAAUUGAUGGACUUUGCAAGAAGGGGUAUAUGGGUUCAUCUAUUGAAUUGGUCUAUGAAAUGGCUAGUAAGGGUUGCGAACCCAAUAUAAUCACCUACACUUCUUUGAUUGAUGGUUUCUGCAAGAAAGGUCGGCUAGAGGAAGCUGGCAUAAUAUUGAGAGAGAUGUCUACCAAGGGACUAACUUUGAAUACCGUGGGAUAUAAUUCCCUUAUAUCUGCACUAUGCAAGUGUGGCAAGGUCGAUGAAGCUCUAAAAAUGUUUGGCGAAAUGUCUGUCAAAGGAUGCAAGCCUGACAUAUAUACCUUUAACUCGUUAAUACUUGGUUUGUGCAAGGAGGAUAAGAUGGAGGAAGCUUUGGGAUUUUAUCGCGAUAUGUUGUUGGAGGGUGUUAUUGCUAACACUGUAAUUUACAACACAUUGAUACAUGCUUUUUUAAGGAGAGGUGCCAUCCAGGAAGCACUUAAGCUUGUGAAUGAUAUGUUAUUUCGAGGAUGUCCGCUUGAUGAUAUCACCUACAAUGGCUUAAUAAAAGCAUUCUGCAAAGCUGGGGCUGUUGAGAAAGGUUUGGCUAUAUUUGAAGAAAUGAUCCACAAAGGACUCACUCUUAAUAAUAAAUCAUGUAAUAUAGUAAUCAACGGUCUUUGCAGAACUGGCAAAAUACAUAAUGCAUUUGAGUUUCUAAGAGAUAUGAUUCACCGAGGCUUAACACCAGACAUUGUAGCUUACAACUGCCUGAUUAAUGGUCUCUGCAAGACAGGACGCAUUCAUGAGGCUGUAAAUCUUUUCGCCAAAUUAAAGGUUGAAGGAAUUCAUCCCGAUGCUGUUACUUAUAACACUUUGAUUGGUUGUCAUUGCAAGGAGAGCAUGUUUGAUGAAGCUUCUUCACUUCUCCAUAGAGGACUAGAGACUGGCUUCGUACCUAAUGACGUGACUUGGUAUAUAUUAGUUAGCAGUUUUGUUAAGGAAAAUGGACAGGAGAUUCAGACUUUCUCCUAUGUUUAAUUUCAAUAAUCACAACAGCGUCUGUCUAGAUAAAUGCUCUCAAGCGCAAUUCCGUCACUAAGAUUACAACUCAAUUAUGUCUAGUGUGGUGGUUCAUCUUGCUUUUUUGCCAGCUAACAAAACUAUCUUUUCAGGUACCCUGCUUUUUUUGAAAGCCGGAUAGGGGAUGGCCUUCAGAUGUCCUUUAUUUUCAUGCAAUCUGUUUGCGGUCAUUUGCCUGAAAAUCAAAAUCCCAAAGUCCAGACCAAGGCUUCUGGAAAUUUGACAAGGAAUCUGAUGGCGUUUCUUUCUCCCAGGCAAGGCUUGGAGUUUCUUGAAUUUAUAGGCUCAUUCAUGGAAACUGGGUGUCAAAGGAACAAAUUUAUGUCCUCAAUUGUGCGAAAAUUUGAUAUCCAACUAUUAGCGAUUCCAUUGUCCCUUUCUUGAUGGGAGUUCUCUCUUUGAUAUAAGUCAUAGGUUCUAUGUCUUUUAACAUGAUAAGUUUUACCUUGGUUUCUUUCUGCAGGUAUUACUCUGAAAUUCUAGCUUUGUUACCAUUUACUUCACCCAAUGAACCUCUGUAUUUGAUCUAUGCUAUAAAUCGAGUUAUACAAGUUAGGGCUGGGGCUCUUGAGGCAAAUAUGAAAGGUCUAAUUUUGCAUUUGUCACAACGCGGUUUCUAGAGGGGAUGCUUCACGAGAAUGGGUUGAUUCAGCAUGAGCCAACUCAGGCUGAUUUGAAUUCUGAGAUGAAUUUGAAUCGGAAAAGUCAGCAAGAGCUGGCUACUCAACCUGUUUUAAAUUACGUGACAUCAUUUGAUUUGAAUGGAACCGUUCAUCAAGAGGCAGCAGAUACUCCUGCAAAUCGUAUUCCCUCUGAGAAGCUAAAGCCGCCAGAUGUGACAAGCUUAAACAAAUAUUGUGAUAUGUCCCAAGAUUCAUAUCAUGCAAAAGAUUCAGGUUGAUUGUGUUGCGGCUACAGCACUGCAGAUUCUUAUGAAGUUAGAGAGGCAACUUAAAAUUGUUUAUAGCUUAAAUGAUGCCCGCUGCGAGGUCUUUUCUCCAAAUGAACCCCCCAAAACAGGAGAGGUCUUCACUAGGCAGAAUGUUCCUUUUGACAUCAAUGCAAUCCCCUCCUGCUUUCCGUCCACACAUCAAGAUUUGAUAGAGUGAUAUCAGGAAUUCCAGAGUGCUUUAAAAGAAGACACUAUCGAUUACACAACUUAUACAGCUAAUAUUAAGAGGCGGCGACCUACCCCAAGAAAAGGGGGUAGACGUACAGCAGUCGGCUACCAUGAAGAGGACGAUGAUGAAGAUGAUGCAGCUUGGACAGGUGGGGUUCGAAGGCUAAGUGGUAGUGGCAGAACAGGUAACGGCAGUAGAGCAAGUAGGCAGCUAACGAACGGGAUAAACCGCAGUUUGUAAGUAUAUAGCUUGUAGGCCAAAUUGUAGAUUAAGUAGAUUGAAAGAAAUACAGAUAGGACAAAUCAGAGCGAAAAAAGAAUAGAAGCGUUGAAAUAGAAUGAAGAAAGCAGCAAGGAGCCUGUUAUAUAGUUGGCUGUGGUAGAAGGGAGUGUUUCCUCUUUGCUGCUUCCAUUUUGUAAUCCUUUUGGCAUAUGUUACACUAUUUAUAAGGUGAAAUUUAGGCUAUGUUAACAUUUCAAGGAAGCAUACAUAAUUAUUUUCUAUAUUC